GACCAAGAUCCCUAUGUGUAAGACUUUGAGCAACUUUAAAUGUCAAAUCUGUUGCUACAAUGCGAAAAAACGGCUCUUCCUUUCUGAUGUAGACUGUGACCAGUGGAGGCAUACCAUUUCCCCUUUCCUUCCUUAUCUGCAUUCAUGAGCUUUUUGUACAGACUGUUAGCUGACUGUCUUACGGAAAGGUCAGUAAUAACAACACAGAUGAACUCAUGUAUGUACUUAGCACCUCCAACUUCAGUGAUCUCUAGACACCUGCAUUUGGAGUAAGUCUUCUAAUGCUAGGCUUCUGACCUGGAAUUGGUUUGAAAGACGAGAGACAUUGGUUUUAUUUGUCCAUGGAGUUCCCAUUUUUUCAUGGAAAGAUAACAAGAAGAACUUGUGAAGAACUGCUGACCAAGAAAGGAAAGAACGGUAGCUAUUUAAUACGAGAGAGCGAAAGUGUAGCAGGAGCCUUGUGUCUGUGUGUUUUCUUUGAAGAACUCAUCUACACUUACCGUAUCUUCAGGGAACACCAAGGGUAUUUUAAAAUACAGACUUCUGAAGGUGUUCCAGAGAGGACCUUCAGAACUUUAAAGGAUUUAAUAUACACCUACGAAAAGCCAAACCAAGGACUAGUAAUAAACCUUCGCUACCCAGUCAAGAAAUUGAAGCCCCUACAAAGAAGCUCGAGGUUCAAAAAGUCAGCCACAGAUGAUGUUUAUGAUGAAAUUGAAGAGGGUGAUUAUGUUGAUGUCCUACCCUGAAUGAUCUGCAACCUGAUGAUUUGGGAAGCUGCCCUUUCAGACUGUGCCACAACACAACAGAUCAAUUGGAGACAGUUAUCAGCUGGACAUUCUUAGGUGCGGAUCCAUACCUCUGGAAUUAACUUCUUUUGGAGCCUAGAGCUCUGUCUUUUGCUUCAGUAGAUCCAAUACAAGCUACUAUCUUUUUUUCAGCAUUAGAAGAAUUAUUUUUUUUAACAGACACAUGCAUGUAUGUAUGUGUUUUGGUUUUUUAGUCAGCAAAUUGUCCGGUAUGUCUCCUGCUAAAAUGAACAACCUGUUAGAAAACAGUAAUAUAAGUAUGAUAAAUGAAUGUGCAUAAAGCAGCAGUUUAUGGCAGAACUGAUGUAUGUUGAUAAAAAUGAUACACAUGAUGAUAAAAGUUCUGCUGAAAUUAUAUGAUGCUUAAAAAAUUCCAAACUAUUCUUUUGUGCAUGAUUCAUGUUGUCUCAUUGCUGGUAACCAGAUAGCCAUUUCUGCUGUAGAUAUGCCAAGGAAUACUAAUAUUAUCCUGUAGUUCGAAAUAAUCUAAAUUAGAACAAAAAUGUACUAAUAAAUCCAUGCUGUACAGAGUUAGAACAUGAAAAUGGCUUAAACUACUUUUAAUUAAUAACUUUAGUUUGUUACUAGAGGAGUGCAAGCUUUACAUGCAUGUGAUUAUGAACACAUCCUUUUGAAUAAUAAUGUAUACAUGAGAAUAUUUACACGUUCAUUUGACACUGCCAUUAGCUCUGUAUUGUAAUGUGCAUAUUUUUUAUUAUUUUAUUGUAAGAAUUUGCUUUUAUCUAACCCCUCAUUUUAAAUAUUUAGUACACACUUUUGUACCGAAGGUGACGUGCAACUAGCAGCCAAAGUCAGAACUGUAGCAUAUGCCCUGAUUCUCCCUGUUAUUAGUACCAAUUUCUCCUCAAUUUGUAAUCUUAAGGAAGACGGUUAAAUUUGCCAUGUGUUUGUUUAGUAUCUUUCACAAGUUAUGUAUGUAUUUCAAAGGGGUAAUAUUAGCUACACUUCUUUUUUGUUAUAUAACUUUUUCACCAGUAUUUGUUGCAGGACUUUUAGAUGUUACACUGCUCUGGACUUCACUGUGAACUUACAGUUCUGAUGUCAGGCUUAACUGGUACUUCUAGCAUGAAGGAGAUGAAAACCAAGAAUAUAAAUUAACCCCAACAUUACCAAAAUUACUACUCUAUGUAUCCAAAAUUCAUGAAUUGAAAAGAAAGUAGCUGCCCAUGAAAAAUGGUACUAUUGGAGGAAAAAACCUUACUCUGUGGAAGCAUAAUGCAUUGGUGCAUCUCUCUAUCAGCAGAAUUCAGCAGCCUGCCUGACACUCGGUCAUCACAUGUAUCAGACUGAGCAUCUGCUGUGUUGACAUAUCCAAAUCACGCUAGUUUGACUGUUAACAGUCUACACCAUUGCAUAGUUUUUCUGUAAUGAGAGUCACAGCUGUUGUCCACUUGAUUAGUCACUCACACCGAUGUCCAACCUUAUGAAAAGGCCGGUGACCGCAGAGCAUCUCGGGCUGCUCCUCAUGAUCCCUACUGUGUGAUUUCCGAUGGCUGAACUAACUGUUGCUCACAGCUGACAGGGACUGUGCACCAGGCAGCGCUGCUCUGUAACUGAUAAUGGUGCCAGCGCCCACACUGAGCUAUGAGCAGUGGUGUGUG